CCUACUCCUCUUAAGUUCUCAAUCUCUCUCUAAUGCCUACUAGUAUUCUCCAAAAAGUAGAGAGAGGGCCUUAAAGCUCCGUUCUUAGCUCUGCUCUGCUGUGUACUGUGCCAAUGGAGAGGCACAGAUGCAAGCUCUGCUCUAGGGCUUUUGCUAAUGGCAGAGCACUGGGUGGUCAUAUGAAGGCUCACUUGGCAACUUUUCCUCUUCCCCCUAAAACCCACCAAAUCACUGAGUCCGACUCGUCUUCAUCUUCCUCCUCCGGCGAAGAACCAGAAAAAGAAGAACAACAUUUGCAAGAAGAAGAAGAAGAGGAAAAGGGUUUGACUUAUGGGUUGAGAGAGAACCCAAAGAGGAGUUUCCGGCUUGCAGAUCCUGAGUUUUCUUUUGUUGAUGCUGGGUCGGUGAUUCAAGACAGAGAGAGUGAGACCGAGUCAAGAAAUCCAACUCGGAGACGAUCCAAGCGGAAUCGAAGAUCAUUCGUUGUUGUUACAGAUAAUCUGCAGAGCCAGAAGUUGGAGUUGAAGAAAAAACCCAAGACAAUUUCAACACCGCCGCGUUUGGCCGAGUCUCCUCCUCUAGCGGCAGAGCUUGAGCCGGUGAGCUCGGUCUCCGAUACUUCUCCGGAAGAAGAUGUUGCUAUGUGCCUUAUGAUGCUGUCAAGAGAUGUGUGGAUGAUAAGAUUACAUGAUCAUCAGCAAGCAGAUCAAUCGGUUCAAGUUCAAGAACAAAGUAGGCAAGUAGUGGAGGAGCUCGAGGGGGUCAAAUUGAAGAAACUUCGAGGGAAGAAUCGGUGUGAGAAAUGCAACAAACUGUUUCGAUCUUUUCAAGCAAUGUGCGGCCACAAAAAGAUUUGCUUUCGCAACGAGGAGGAAGCAAUCAACAAUGCAGGUGGUGAGAAGCUGUUUGAGUGCCCCUUUUGCUACAAAAUAUUUGGUUCCGGUCAAGCUCUUGGCGGUCACAAAAGAUCUCACCUUUCGGGUUCUUCAAGAUCAAUGGUUGUAUCAAUGGCUGCAAAAACUGAAGUUAAAGAGGGUUUCCUAGAUCUCAACCUGCCUGCUCCGGAAGAAGAUGAUGAAUUUAGCGUGCUAUCGGAUGCGUAAAAAUGUAAAAAGUAACAGACUUCUCCAUCAAAACUCGGAUCUAAAGUUUCAAGUUUCAACAACUGUUUGGUCGAGUUCCAACUGCAGUAACAACUUGCUAUAUGUAUUGCUGUUGACUAGAAUACAGAAAGUUGAAUUGUUCAUUUUUUUUUUUUUUU